AUGGAUCUGGGGCAGCAUCGCUCGCUGUCGCCAUCUCCGGCUUUGUCUCAGACAUCUUUCAAACACCAUCUGUUGUCAAAUCAUUUCGCUGAGAGCAUUGUAAAUGGCCUUUAUGACACAGACUCAAAUUCAUUGGACAAGAGUGCUACCAGUUCACAACCGGAUUUGGUUGCUGACAGCACUCUAAUUGCAGACCCUAAACUGGCUCUUCUAUCAUAUGACGAUGACAAUUCUGCUCUUAGUCCUGCUAGUUCUGUUGAUAGUGGUAAUUCCAAAUCUAUUCAUGCUACAGUUCCAUCUAUUAGUCAGACAGCUAGAGCUGAUAGUUCAGCAAGUGCUAGCAAGACCCAGGGUGUUACUCCUUAUUCUACUUCCUUCUGGGGAUCCAUUACUUGCUUGUAUCCCUCUGUCACAGGUCAGAAUUCAUUUACAAGCCAAUCCAGUAUAUCUUCUAUCUUGUUACCGAAAGAGAAGGAAUUUAAUCAUUUGUCAUCGGAAUCUAGAACUUCUACUAAUGCUCUUUCUGGCAUGGACGAAGCUCUGGCUCACUCUCCGGCUUCAUCAUACGCAUCUAUUUCUUCAUCCAAAUCUCAAGCUGAUAAUGGAUUCCAGAAUUAUAUCACUAACUCAAUUCCUAACUCUAACCAGACAAAUAAUUGUCCCGUCGGCCCCAUGUCGCAACCACUUUCUAUUGGGGCCACCCCCAGAACAUCUGAUCCUGGCAAGGAAGAUAAUAUGGCUAUAAUUUCUCCACGCCUAAAAUCUACUGCUUUGCUCUCUUCCUCUGAUCAAGGCAGUGUAUUUGGGUUUCCAGGAAGAGCUGUUCCGAGCAGACCCAGAGCUGGCACCUUUGGUACCGCUGGUAAUAGCGACGACCGAGAUAAUGGUAUUAACAGCAUUGGUAGUAUACUCAAUGGACCAGGAAUGGCCUCUAUUUCUCAUAGAGAGUCUCUUUUUCAAUCAAACAACCCCAUAUUAGGAAAAAGUCAGAAGGAAGCUGAAGUUCUAGCAGCUGUUGCAGCUCCCAAAAUCUCAUCAGCCUCUGCUACUAGUACUUCUGCUGUUAACCCUUCAGUUCAGCUUCAAGGAUGGCUUCCACAUGGUCUUUACCAAACAUCUCUCCUCCAGCCAGUUUCAAAUAUGUUAGAUUCGACGAAUAUGGGAGGACCUACCAUCAAUCAGAGUUCGAAAGCGGCCCCAAAUCAUAUUAAUGGCAACGCGUUUGAUGAGCUGCAAAGAGUGCAAUUUGAAUUAUCGCUGGCUAAUAUGGAAGUAGAACGUCUUCGAAAUGAGCUCAGCCAGCUACAAAUCGCUGAAUCCAGCAAAGCUUAUCAAGCCCAAGACGGUAUUUCGGGGACUGGGAUUUUGAACAACGAUAACCUUCGUGUUCCGUUUGAUAUAAACAGACCCAUGACCACACGAUCACCUGCCCCACCACUAUUUGCCGGAUCUCAAGUUCCAUUGAAUUGCCCUACUCCUGGUCCACUGUUGGUUCCUACCCCAGGACAAGCUCCUCCUACUUGGUACAACCCGCCAAUGGAUAGACAAGUUCUUCGUAAUACAAAUGCUGAUAGUGGUCAGACAACUGAUUCUCGUACGAAUUUCAAUUUUAAUCUCCAAAUGGGUCAAACUGCCGUUUUGUCUCCAAACCUAAGUGCAGAUUCAAACAACCCCCAUCUUCUGUACUAUCCACCCACCACUUCGCCUAUUGCCACUUCUCCUUUACUUACGAAUCCAUACGAAGAUUACUUGUAUAAUCAGUACGAACCACAGCAAUCUAAUAAGAUGGUUCCACCUGGAGUAGUCGACAGUGCCAGUGCAGCGGUCGCCGCAGGGCUUAUAGAAUCGACCGAUACGUUCUAUCCCAUUAACUUUCAAAACGAGCCUUUGAACUACCGGAAAUUGCUGGAACGGAGUGUGGGCUGUGAUUGGAAGCUAAUUAUAGAUCGAAUUAUUAUGGACAACGACCAACAGGCGUCAAUAUUCUUACAACAAAAGCUCAAAUCCGCUACAAAAGUACAUAAAGCGGCUAUCAUUUCGGCCAUUAUCGACCAAGCAUAUCUUCUAAUGGUCAAUAGAUUUGGCAACUUUUUAAUUCAAAGGUGUUUUGAAUAUGGCUCUCCAGAAGAGAUUGCUGGUAUCACUCGCAGCAUGCAUGGCCAUGUUGUGAUGCUAGCUAUGGACCCCUUCGGGUGUCAUGUAAUACAGAAAACCCUUGAUUGUGUUGAUAGAGAUACCAAGUUACUUAUUAUAGAUGAAAUGCUCACUAAUGUCAAAGAGACAAUGGUACACCACUAUGCUUGUCAUGUAUGGCAGAAGUUGUUUGAGCUUCGCUGGAAUGGCUCCAUUCCUCCUCGCUUCAUGCAGCAAGUCAAUUCUGAGCUGACUGGUUCUUGGGUCGAGGUAGCCCUUGGCGAGACUGGAUCUUUGGUUGUCCAAAAUAUAUUUGAAAAUUGUGCGCCUGAAGAUAAGAAACCCUGCAUUGACGAGAUUGUGAACAAUCUCGACACAGUUAUUCGUGGCCAAUGGGGUAAUUGGGUGAUCCAGCAUAUGGUUGAACAUGCUUCUGAACCAUACCGACAAACAGUCAUUGAUUUAAUUGUUGACUCAGCAGCCAUUUAUAGUGUCGACCAAUUCGCUUCUAAAACUGUCGAAAAAAUGUUGAAAAUGGGCGACAAGGAAAUCAUACAAGCCUUCCUAAACAAAGUGAUUCAAAAGCAUCCUGAUCGUCCCCGUAUUCCCCUCAUUGACAGUAUGGUGAAUGGUAUCCUUCUAUGGAUUGGUAAUGCUUCAGUUCCUGGCUCUGCCAGUAAAGCUAGACUUGCAAUCCUUGCUAGCUCGGUUGUUUAUCAAGCGUUUUUUCCGAUUCUGUUAACGUUAUCUGAAUUGUUUCUAACUCUUUUUAGUUGCUUCUGA